ACGAUCCACAUUGUUGUGCUAGCUAGUCGUUGAAUUCGCCCGUGUCGUAGGCAAUUAGGGCAGAUUUGUCUCCUAUUCCCAUUGUCAAUUUCCUUUCUUCCCCCCUGAUCUGCGCUGUCCGUCCAAGGAAAGAGGAACGGGGGAUCCCGCCGAUAAGGAGAGCCAUGGAGGACCCGUGUUCACAAUCUAUAUAAGCUGGGCUCAUUCAGCAUUUCCUUACGUUCUUUUCUUUCCUCUUCACACCAGUCAAAGGCCAGUCUUUCAUUCCAGUCGUUCUUUCUCAACCCACCUGCUUUACGCAGUCAUUCAUUCAUUUUCACAAACCCAACUUUACAACAGUCACUCAUUCUUUCUUUCCAACCCCAAAUAAACCAAAUUCGUCAAAAUGAAGUUCACUGGAAUCGCCGCUAUGCUCGCCGUCGUCACCGCUGUGACCGGUGCUGCCAUCCCCAACGUCAACGGUGCUCUCGCCGAGGUUCACCAGGUCACUGGUGACGUCCAGGGUCUCCUCUCCAAGGCGCUCGGCACCAAGGACGAGGCUCAGGUCAACAAGCUCGUCUCUCAGCUUCAGAACGUUGAGAAGCUGCUCAAGCAGCUCUCCGGUGGUGAGGAGAAGCGUCAGCUCGCCGACAUUGGUGUCGGCGCCAACGUCAACGUUCUCAAGCGUGACGGCAUCCUCGGCGACCUCACCAACAGUCUUCCUCUUGAUAACAUCAAGCGUGACGACGCCAUCUCCGGCCUCGCCGAGCAGAUCACUCCCCAGGUCACCCAGGUCAUUCAAGGCCUCAAUGUCCAGCAGGUCACCGGUCUUCUGAACAUCCUCAACGUCAACGGCCUCCUCACCAACGUCGAGUCCGUCCUUGACAACCUCCUCGGUGGUGGUCUCCUCAAGGGCCUCACUGGUGGUCUCCUCGGCGGCAUCCUCAAGCGUGACGACGCCAUCUCCAGCCUCGCUACCCAGCUCCUUCCCAAGCUCACCAAGGGCGGUAUCCUCCCUGAGGACUUGAACGUCGAGCAGCUCACUGGUCUCCUGAACGUCCUCAACGUCAACAACCUCCUGACUGGCGUCGAAGGUCUCGUCCAGGGCCUGCUCGGAGGCCUCCCCCUCAAGGGUCUCACCGGCAACCUCCUGUAAAUAAGAAGAUCUACGCAUGUGAAAAGGAUUGUUUAAGGUCUUUUGUUGAGCAGGACAUACUUACCUUCUAAUAUUAUACCACUUUUUUUGCUUAGAAUUUUCUCAAUAUGUUUGUCUCACGGGCCCUGGAUAUAAUUCUUAAAGAUUUUUCUUUUCGAGCAACGCGUCAUGUCAAGGUUACCUCGUUUUGUUGGCUGCUGGACACUGCUAAAGGCCAUGCCUAUGUGGGAGUAUUAAGCGAAUAUCCUCUUUUUGUUUCUAUAUAAUCUUCAUAUGAACUUUGGUUUGUUUAUUCUUCAAUGAUCUGCGAAUGAUUAUUUGUAUACAGUACUUUUUUAAUUGAUCGCAUUCUACUCAUUGGUUGGCAG